AUGCCACCGCUUCGGAGAGCACCCUCUCAGGAGCCUCCCCGUGGUGGUACUCCAAAUCUUUCUGGUGGGUCCUUGACACCGGCAGUGAAGAGGAGCACGACGCCGAACGAGCAGCCGAAGGAUGGUACCGCCGAUACGCGUACCAACCCAUCGCAUGCUGUUGCCACCCAGAGUGACUCGAGUGGUGCGCCCCCGCCUCCGCCACCACCCGAAUCAUCUGGGGACCAAAUGCCGCGUAGACCUUCUGGGGGCCCACCUGGACGCAGUGGCUCUGGUUCUGGCAGCGAUGGUGGUGGUUCCGGUGGACCCCCUUCGGGGCCAUCGAGGGUGCCACCUCGUGGCAACGACCUGGACUGGCGAGAUCGUGCUAUCCGUGCAGAAGCACUUCUCCAAAAGUUGCAGGCCGAGAACGCCGAGCUCAAGGACCGUGUCACGGCCCUGGAGUUGGCCAAGAAGAAACUCGAGAAGGACAACAAGACUUUGUAUGGCCGUGCGUGCGUCGCCGAUGAGUGGAACGUCUGGUUCCAAGAGCAGCAAGAUGCUGGCUACUUGUCGGGGUACUACCGGACCCCAAAGAGUAACCCUCGUGGAACUCCGCACUCAAGCCCUGGCGCUGAGCACAGGCGUGAACGAUUUACCCAUCGAGGGAGAUCGACUUCUGGCGACCGUGACGACGGCUGCACCUCGAGAAUCUCUAACCGCGCACGCUCUCGCAGUGGCUUUACUCGUCGUGGAAAGAUGGGCGAACGCUCGCUGACGCCUGGACGCAGCAGCGCCGGCUCUGCAGACCACCGUACCUCCUUUAUGCACGGGUUGGACACCAUGGAGGCGAUCAACGAGGAGACGCUCAACAUUGUUCCAGGAAUCGAUGACGAUCCUGAUGAUGACGUGCCUUGGGCUGCGAACCUCUCCUUCCCUGACGUGAUGGAUUUGGCUAGGACCAUCAAGCGGGACCUCGUAGACGCAGGCUAUGAGGACAGGGAGAAGGAUGGCUGGAAGGGCCCGAUCGGUCUCGGAGGUGGAAACGAGAGAUCCCUCUUGCACAAUGUGCGAUUCUGGUGGCGACCCCGUAGCGGCGCCCAGCCAAACCGCUUCAAGUAUGACCGUUCGCUCAACUUGUGGCUUAAGACAGUCUUACUGUUUAAGCAGGGGAACGUUCGCAUCCUUUUGCGCGAUGCCCCUAUCCGCACGGAGGUUCCUGCCCUUGAGGAGGAACAGGGCUCGGCAAAUAAAUUCUUAAUCAUGUGCCGCCCGCCUGUGGACGUAGCUGGUGCUGUCGAUCCCCGCUCUACCUACAGAGGAGAGCGCCAGCCCGGAGGGCAAGGGAAGAGGCGACAGCAUGAUGCUUCUCGCACGCAUGGGCCAUACACCGGAGACAGUAGGCUGCAGACACCACUUCCGUGA